AUGAGAUUAGAUAUUUUAAAGUUUAUUAGCAGUGAUAAUAUUGAUGAUUUAAUAAUUGAAUACUAUGAGAGUAAUAAAGAGGAUGUAAAUUCAAUUAGAGAAAGUGAUGUAAAUCAUCAAUUAUUGAUGAAAUCUGAUUAUUUUACAAUAUUUCCAAUUUCAAUAACUUUAUUUUUAAAUGUUGCACUUAAACAGGAAAGAGAAAAUGAUAAUAUUUUUAUUCUGAAGAAGAUGAAAAUAUUAAGGUAG